AUGGGUAUAAUGAUGAUGAUGUUUGGUCUUGUUCUGAUCAUUGUCUGCAUCUGUUCUGCUCUUCUCCGAUGGAACCAGAUGCGAUACUCUAAGAAAGGUCUCCCUCCUGGAACCAUGGGCUGGCCAAUUUUUGGUGAAACCACCGAAUUUCUCAAACAAGGACCAGAUUUCAUGAAAAACCAAAGACUCAGAUACGGGAGUUUCUUCAAAUCUCACAUUCUUGGUUGCCCAACAAUAGUCUCAAUGGACGCAGAGCUGAACAGAUACAUUCUAAUGAACGAAUCGAAAGGACUAGUGGCUGGUUACCCACAAUCGAUGCUUGAUAUUCUCGGUACAUGCAACAUAGCUGCGGUUCAUGGACCGAGCCACCGACUCAUGAGAGGGUCAUUGCUUUCUUUAAUAAGCCCGGCCAUGAUGAAAGACCAUCUCUUGCCUACCAUUGAUCAUUUCAUGAGAAGCUAUCUUUGUGGUUGGGAUGACCUCGAGUCCGUUGAUAUCCAGGAAAAGACCAAACAUAUGGCAUUUUUAUCAUCGUUGUUACAAAUUGCUGAGACAUUGACAAAAUCAGAGGUCGAAGAAUAUAGAACAGAGUUCUUCAAGCUUGUUGUUGGAACACUUUCGGUCCCAAUCGAUCUCCCGGGAACAAACUACCGCUGCGGAAUCCAAGCAAGAAACAACAUCGAUAGGUUGUUGACAGAGCUGAUGCAAGAACGAAGAGAGUCGGGCAAAACUUUCACAGACAUGUUGGGUUACUUGAUGAAGAAGGAAGAUAACCGAUACUUAUUAACCGAUAAGGAGAUAAGGGAUCAAGUCGUGACGAUAUUGUAUUCGGGUUACGAGACUGUCUCUACAACCUCUAUGAUGGCUCUUAAGUAUCUCCAUGAUCACCCUAAAGCUCUUGAAGAACUCAGAAGAGAACAUUUGGCUAUAAGAGAGAGAAAACGACCUGACGAACCACUCAAUCUUGACGAUAUUAAAUCGAUGAAAUUCACUCGAGCCGUCAUCUUCGAGACAUCAAGGUUGGCAACGAUUGUUAAUGGUGUUUUGAGGAAAACUACUCACGACUUGGAACUCAACGGGUAUUUAAUACCAAAAGGCUGGAGAAUUUACGUAUACACAAGAGAAAUUAACUAUGAUACAUCUUUGUAUGAAGAUCCAAUGAUCUUUAACCCAUGGAGAUGGAUGGAGAAGAGCUUGGAAUCAAAGAGCUAUUUCUUACUCUUUGGAGGUGGAGCAAGGCUUUGCCCUGGCAAGGAACUAGGAAUCUCUGAAGUCUCGAGCUUUCUUCACUACUUUGUUACAAGAUACAGAUGGGAGGAGAAAGGAGGAGAAAAAUUAAUGGUGUUUCCAAGAGUUUCUGCACCAAAUGGAUACCAUCUUAGGGUUUCACCUUACUGA